AACAAAAACAAUAAUAAAAGAAAUUCUGUUCGUAUAGAGUUCAUACUUAAUUGCAGUGAUAAAAAUUCGGUAGCGAUGUCGGAAAAUUCUUUGUGUUUGUGUAAAAAAGAGGGUCCAUGUAUUCACGAAAAAAUAGGUUGGUUCUCAAUUCCGCAACCUGAGUUUCCAGCUCCACCUGAGGAAGAUUCUGAAGUGUUCUUAGAAUGCAUUCCUCCACCACCUCCUGGUCCAGCUCCGGUGUUGUCAGCUUCGGAUAUACCUUCAGGUUACAGAACUCCACCUCCACCAUACACUGUAGAAUUACCUUCUGAAACACCCAAAGGUUAUAUUCCUCCAUAUCCAACACACAUUCCAGUACCCUGUCGUCCACCAGAAUCCAAUAUAUUUCAGGAUAUCCUUCACCACCAGUACAUUAUCCAACUUUCAAUUAUCCACCAGGGAACUGGCCACCACCUCCACGAUACUAUCCAAAUUCGCAAUAUUUUCCAAGCUAUAUUCCACCGCCACCACCGCCUCCACCACUGCCAUCGUACUAUCAACCACGAAAGAUUCCAAGAGAGUGGCUCCGUCAUACCCCAAAUUAUACAACGGACUAUUUAUACAGAGGUGGAUCGCCAUGCUACCACAAAUCACCUGGCAUGCACUAUCAACGUUAUUAUUAAUUACAAUAAAUUGUAAAACUAU